AUGAACGACCAGUUUAUGUUACCGUACUACACCGCCCAAAGCAGCCCUGCAAUGGGCAUGUUUAACACCCCCAUGGGGAAACUGCAGCGACAACUGUACAAAGGGGAGUAUGCUAUAUUCAAGUAUGCACCUAUGUUUGAGAGUGACUUCAUCCAGAUCAGCAAAAGAGGGGAAGUGAUCGAUGUGCACAACCGUGCCGGAAUGGUGACAGUAGGCAUCGUCCGCACCAGCCCCAGCCUCACACUACCUGAUGUCAUCCUGCUGGCCCAACCAGCUGCUGCCAGUGAUGACAGCAGUGCCAGAUGUGGCCCUGCCACCCAGGAAGGAGGUAGUAAGCCUACACAGAUCUUAGAGCUGACCAGGCUGUUUCCCUUGAAGUGUGUAAAGAUAACCAUUCAUAACAGUAUAAAACAACAGCUCCGCCUGAAGCUUAUCACUGGCCGCUCUUUCUACCUUCAGCUGUGUUGCCCUUCAGAUACAAGAGAUCUUUUUGUUCACUGGGAAAACCUUAUUUACAUCCUGAGACCACCAAUGGAGGCUUACAGCAGUACCCAGGCCAUGCUAGCUGGGAACAUGUUGAGCUCACCUGUGUUUGAGGAUGAGCACCGGAGCCCAGUGGCAUAUGCCAUGAAGCUCUGUGGCGGGAAAGAUCAAGUCAGCAUCACGAGACUUCGCAUGAACAGUGAAGUGUUUGGGCCUACCUAUUUUGGUUAUGGAAGGGAGACUGCAAUAUGUUCUAGUGCUGUAAGCACAUUCUUGCCCUCAAAGGGUACUUGGAGCACAUCAGCAAGAGCUGCUGGCCUCUCCCCAGAGGACAGCAUGAGUGUGGUGAUUGUAGGAGCAGAGAGACUACUAGCAAGGCCAUUGCAGAAACAGCUGAAGAGUCAGUAUCAUGACCUCCUCAUCUCAACCUUGCAGAAUGAAAGCUACAUGAAUGAACAAGAUGGAAGCCAGAAGGUCUCCACCCAGCAGGAUUGA